GCUCAUAGUCAAACGACAAGUCGCUUUUUACGCAUAAAACGACGUCUUUCUCUUCCUCAACGCAGCCUGCGGCCCCUAAACGAUUGAUCGCUGGAAUUAGAUCAAGAGGAGCAAAGAAAUGGAGAGAAAAUUAAAGAUUGCCAUCAUUCAUCCAGAUCUUGGUAUAGGUGGAGCCGAAAGAUUAAUAGUCGAUGCUGCCGUUGAACUUGUCUCCCAUGGCCACGAUGUUCAUAUUUUUACUGCUCAUCAUGAUAAAAACCGAUGCUUUGAAGAAACUGUUUCCGGUACCUUCCCGGUUACUGUAUAUGGUUCUUUCCUGCCUCGGCAUGUAUUCUACCGUUUUCAUGCCUUAUGCGCGUAUUUGCGGUGCAUUUUCGUUGCCCUUUGCGUGUUAUUCCUGUGGCCAUCUUUUGAUGUUAUAUUGGCAGAUCAGGUUUCUGUUGUCAUCCCACUUUUGAAACUUAAAAAAUCAAUGAAGGUGGUUUUUUAUUGUCAUUUUCCGGAUUUGUUACUUGCUCAUCAUACAACUGUUCUCCGAAGGUUGUACAGGAAACCCAUUGACUUUGUAGAAGAAAUUACAACGGGCAUGGCUGAUAUGAUACUUGUUAACAGCAAAUUCACUGCAUCUACCUUUGCGAAUACAUUCAAGCGUCUUCAUGCACGGGGAAUUCGACCUGCUGUUCUUUAUCCUGCUGUUAACGUGGACCAAUUCGAUGAACCUCAUUCUUAUAAGUUGAAUUUUCUCUCGAUAAAUCGCUUCGAAAGGAAAAAGAACAUAGAAUUGGCAGUUUCUGCCUUUGCCAGACUUCACACCCUUGAGGAACAUGCCCUUCAAAGUCAAAAACUAAAUGAAGCUACUUUGACCAUUGCUGGUGGAUAUGAUAGUCGACUGCGAGAGAAUGUUGAAUACCUGGAUGUACUUAAACACCUGGCUGCAAGGGAAGGAGUCUCAUCUCGGAUUAGCUUCGUUACGUCCUGCUCAACAGCUGAGAGAAAUAAACUUCUUUCACAGUGCCUAUGUGUCAUUUAUACUCCAAAGGAUGAGCACUUUGGCAUCGUCCCAUUGGAGGCAAUGGCAGCCCAUAAGCCUGUAAUUGCAUGCAAUAGUGGGGGCCCUGUGGAGACUGUUAAGGAUGCAGAAACAGGAUUUCUUUGUGACCCUACCCCUGAAGAUUUCUCUUUGGCGAUGGCUAAACUCAUUCAGGAUCCUCAGAUGGCAAGCAGAAUGGGUGGAGAGGCAAGGAAGCAUGUUGCUGAGUCAUUCUCAACAAAAACUUUUGGCCAGCAUUUGAAUCAAUAUCUCAUGAGCAUUACUGGCAGUAAAGAAGAUUGAAAAUAGCCAAGGUAGCUGGAAUCUUUUUAUUGACCUAAUACGAGAUAGUUUGUCAGGCUUAAAUGUUGCCACUUGAUUAAUGGUUAGAAAGAAGGAUAAUUUUGAUAAA